AUGGAAGCCACAAACUCGGAACAAUGGACCCAGCAGGCCCUAGAGGAAUUCGCCACGGAGAUAUGGACUUGCAACACGGUUGAACGCGCAGCCUCAUUUAUCGGGUCUCAAAAAUCGCCAAUAUGCCUGCCGAAUUACGUUGCGGGCAGACUCACCCCCCUACAGUCGCAGCCGAUGGCACUCAUCGAUUCCUUCAACCCCCAAACCGGCUCAUUGCUCUGCAAGCUCCCAUGCACACCAGCUUCAGAUGUGGAGACGGCAAUCCAACACGCCAGACAUGCCUUCACGACGUGGAGUAAGACGACACGAAGGGAGAGAUCCAGCCACCUGCGCCGUAUUAGCGACCUGCUCCAGGAGCACCGUGAGCUGUUUGCGGUAUGGGAGAGUAUCGACCAGGGCAAGACCCUUGAGCGAGCGAGAAUUGAAGUGGACAGGGCGAUAUCGAACUUUUCGUACUUCUCAACAUACAUCCUGCAUGAGCACACAACCGCGCGGAUGGUGGACGGCGUGGCGCUGACCUACGAACACCGUUCCCCGGCCGGUGUGUUUGCGCUGAUCUCGCCGUGGAACAUGCCGCUAUAUCUUCUCACGUGGAAGAUUGCGCCGUGUAUUGCAUUCGGCUGCACUGCGGUUGCGAAGCCCAGCGAGAUUACGAGCAUGUCGGCAUACUUACUAGGGCUGUUGCUCCGCAAGGCCGAGCUGCCUCCGGGAGUCGUCAACAUUAUCCUCGGAGACGGACCCACCACGGGCGCGGCGUUGGUUGCCUCACCAUCAGUCGACGGCGUCUCGUUCACCGGAGGCACCCAAACCGGGAUCGCCAUCCGCCGUGCUACGGCUCAUCAAAUCCGGAAACAUCUCUCCCUCGAACUAGGGGGCAAGAACCCGAACCUGGUGUUUGCCGACGCGAUGGACCCGGCUACCCGGGACCGGACCAUCCGGAUCGCGGCAAGCGCGGCGUUUGAGAAUCAGGGCGAGAUCUGUCUUUGUGGUUCCCGAAUCUACGUCGAGCGUGCGGUGUACGAGGACUUUGUACGCGAGAUUACCGAGUACGUGGCUGAGAAGUAUGUUUUGCGGAAGACGGUCGGUGCUGUGGCUAGUUUGCAGCACUACGACAAGAUCAGGGGGUACUUACAGAUGGCCGUGGAGGAGAAAGCCACGUUCAAGUUGGGGGGUAUCCCUCCCGCACUUGACAAAGACCAGAAUCAGGGGUACUGGAUUAACCCCGCUAUCUUGACGGACGUAGCCUCGGGGUCGGUGUUGCAAAAGGACGAGAUAUUUGGUCCAGUCGUCACCAUUUCGCCCUUUGAGGAUGAGGAGGAGGCGGUACGGCUCGCCAACGAUAGCGAGUAUGGGCUCGCAGCGGUGGUUUUGACCAACGAUGGGGCGAGGAUGAGACGGGUCGGGGAACGGAUCGAGGCAGGUAUGGUGUGGGUAAAUUGUUGGCUGGUUCGGGAGCUUGGAACGCCGUUUGGGGGUAUGAAGAAUAGCGGCACGGGCAGGGAGGGCGGUGAGUACUCUAGGGAGGUGUUCACGGUAGUCAGGACGCUGCAUCUCCCUUCCGAUUGA